CCUAUCCAGGAAUCAUGUGGUACAUACUCCUUCUCGUGAGCGUGGCAGCAGUCUCUGCUGAACCCAGAAGCUUCCAUGGGGAGAAGGUUUUUAGAGUAUUCCCUCAAACUGCUGAGCAUGUAGAACUGAUCAAAACUAUGGCCAGCAAUGCAAAGCUUGAUUUCUGGGUCCCUGAUUCUGUGGAUCUUGUGGAACAAGGAAGACGUGCUGAUUUCCGUGCUGAGGGUCAUGUAGCAUAUGAUGUUCAGGCACUCAUUGAACAAAGUGGAAUGCAAUUUGAAAUUAUGAUCGAUGAUUUGCAGCAAGCCCUGGAAAAGCAACGUGAUAGCAACAUUCGUGCUAUACACAGCUAUGAGAAGUACAAUGACCUGGCUACGAUUAAUGCCUGGACUGCCGAUAUUUCUGCUCAAAACCCAGGUCUUGUGUCUCGCUCUCAGAUUGGAACUUCAUAUGAGGGUCGCCCUAUUUAUUUACUGAAGGUUGGAAAGAGUGGAGUAAACAAGAAGGCUGUCUUUAUUGACUGUGGAUUCCAUGCAAGAGAGUGGAUCAGUAUUGCAUUUUGCCAGUGGUUUGUAAAAGAGGCCGUUGAUACUUAUGGCUCUGAUGCUGAAUUCACCAAUCUUCUAAAUAAUCUGGACUUCUACGUUCUGCCAGUUCUCAAUGUUGAUGGCUACGCUUACACCUGGACCAACAACCGUAUGUGGAGAAAGACUCGUUCCCCCAAUGCAAAUAGCAGUUGUGUUGGCACAGAUCCUAACAGGAAUUUCAAUGCCGGAUGGUGCACUGUUGGAGCCUCUUCAAGGGCUUGUGAUGAAACCUAUUGUGGCACUGCUCCUGAAUCUGAAAAGGAAACAAAAGCUCUUGCUAACUUCAUCCGCAGUAACAUUGCUUCCAUCAAGGGCUACCUGACCAUCCACUCCUAUUCCCAGAUGCUGCUUUUCCCCUAUUCUUACAGCUACAGUCUUGCUAAGGAUCACACUGAGUUGAACAAUGUUGCUAGGGAUGCUGUGUCUAGACUGACUUCAUUGUAUAAAACCAAAUACACUUAUGGACCAGGAGGAACAACCAUCUACCUUGCUGCUGGAGGCUCAGAUGAUUGGGCUUAUGAUGCAGGUGUUAAGUUCUCAUAUACCUUCGAGCUCCGUGACACAGGAAGAUAUGGAUUUGCUCUCCCUGAAUCUCAGAUCAAAGCAACCUCUGAAGAAACAUUGCUUGCUGUCAAAUACAUUGCAAGUUACAUUGCCAGCAAUGCAUAAAAAAAUCUGCCAUUGAAACUGUACUUAGUAAAAGAUGUAUACUGUUGAUUGUUUUCUUGUUUCCAAUCCUUCCAAUCACUCGUUGUUAAUUGUUUAUAAAAAAAUAAUUAUAAAUUAAAAUUUAAAUAUACUA